AUGGCGAAAGGCUCUGAGAAAGAGCACUUUGAUGUGAACACAAUAAUCAACUGUAAGAAGAAAAAGGGUGAUGGUCUUCAAGGAGGUGACGACGACGAUCAACGACGGAAUUUCAAAGCGUUCGGCUCAUUCGAGCCCGUGAUUCACUACCUGGCCGGAUUGGCCUCAGGUGUGGCGGGUGCGUUGGCCGGUCAUCCACUUGACACCGUCAAAGUGCGUUUGCAGACCCAAAGCCAACUGGAGCAGUUGGACGCUCGAUAUCGUGGUACUUGGCACUGCUUGUUCACUAUGUUCAAGAAGGAAGGCACCCGUGCGCUCUUCAAAGGUCUUUCGAGUCCGUUACUGAGUCUUACUGUAAUCAAUUCGAUUGCAUUCGGCACUUACGGUAAUACACUGAAACUGUUCAACGAUCAACGCUCACUGACAACGCAUCUGAUAGCCGGAGGUGUGGCAGGUCUUGCGCAAACAAUUGUGAUCUCACCAACUGAACUGUUGAAGUUGCGAAUGCAAGUGCAAAUCGAGGGAACCAAAAAAGAGUACAGUUCACCGAUUGAUUGUAUUCGCAAGCUGACACGUCGAUACGGUGUGCUGCAUCUGUAUCGAGGCAUGCAAGCGACGAUUUUUCGCGAUAUCCCAUCGUACGGUGUCUGGUUUGCGGCUUACGAUCGUAUCGGCCGAUCGAUGAGUGACGAUGAUCGUUUGGAGUCACUGAACGCGAAUGGUCUGUUGAUUGCCGGUGGCAUUGCCGGCGUACUGUCUUGGUUGGUCAACUAUCCGGUUGAUGUGAUCAAGACGAAAUUUCAAUCGGACGAUAAAUUCAAAACGUACGCGGAAACGGUUCGAUUUACGUAUCGCACCGAAGGCUAUCGUGGCUUUUUCGCCGGUCUCAAUUCCACUCUGAUACGGGCGUUUCCGGCGAAUGCUGCGAUCUUCUUUGCGGCAGAAUGGACUUAUCGAUUCUUUGGCAAGAUACAAGAUAUGAUACUGGAGAGGCGGAAACGUCGACAGCAAAAAGAAUUGCGAGUGAAGGUUGGCACCUGCAUUCGAAAAAAGUCAACAGUGACCGAAUCGAAAUUUAGAUGCUGGCCGCUUGGUUGUACGCAGGCCUGA